GAGGAGAGACUGUGUUCAAUCUGCGACCAGAGAGCAGCACCAGCAGUCACUCUCACCCGGACUCAAUUAACUCAGCACCUCUCCGCACCCACCUCGCUGCUGCUGCUCUCCAACUGGGAUCAACUGGGAACUAAAUUAGUGGUCUCCUGUAUUUUCCCCUUUUGCAUUUUUAUGAGAACACACAUUUCCAGCGAUAAGGUGCAGAGCCGGGAUGUCACAGAACUGAGGAUCGUCUCAUACAAUAUGGAGUCUGGAGAGCGGCUGUCCUCCCCAUCUUCAGCCCCGUCCUCCCUUCACAUGGCCUCCUCUUCAGCCAGCUCCUCCCCUGCACCCCCCCACACGCCCUCCACCAAAUGCAGCCCGGUCCCUAACCCUGCAAGCAGUUCCCCUCUCACCACCUGUGGCCCUUUGCUACAGAUGACCGGGGAUGCGUGUUUAAAUCCGUCUGGCAAGCCCAACAGUUUUCCCUUAGUCGCUCAUCCUGCUUUUGGGCUCUACGCUUCGAGUUUAGGCCGGUCUGAGUUUGGAGGUCUUGGUAGUCUGGGUUUAUCUGCCAUUGCUGCUCACCCCCAGUUUGGUACAUUUCCAGACUGGUUUUGGCCAUCUGACGCACAUACCAGAGGAGCAGCAGCCUUCUUCCCUCCUCUUCUGGGUCUGCAUCCUGUAUUUACAUCAGCCUUCAAGAGCCAAGAUCCUGCUGACGCCCAGUCCCGUACAUCAGUUUCUGUAGGUGUGAAUGGAACAGUGAAUGGAACAGUGAAUGGGCGGAGCAGUUCCUCUCCUACUGGGAACUCUGCUGGGGACGCCAGUUCAUUUCCAGCAAAGGCAAACAAGGAUAAAACUAAGGCCAACAGUCAACCAAAGAGCAGUCGGGACCCAGGCCAACUCUACCAGAAGAGUGUUCAGAAAACAAAAGAAAAGAAACCCAGCAAAAGACCACUAGAGACCUCAAGCACGAGUGGCAGCCAGUCAGGAUCCAUAUCAGAUAGCUCCAGUGAUGGUGAGGACAGCAGCAGUGAUGCUGAUGACAUGGAGGAGGAAGAGGAGGACAAUGAUGAAGAUGAGGAUGACCAGAGCAACGACAGCGAUGACUCUGAUUCCGAAACAGAGGGUCAAGUUAAACAGAAAGUCAAGCGGCUGACACAGAACACUUUGGAGAGUAAAAAGAGGAGAUCUUGCACUGCUGAUGGAAAUGCAACUCAAGACAGUCGUCGCGAUGGUGUCUCUUUGACUUCUUCGCACCGUAUCCAGUCCUCUCCCCAUCCUGCUGGCAGGCCUCAAUCCGAAGCUCUGUUUCUCAAGAGAUCCAGGACUGCGGAGGAGGACGGACAGAAACACAUUAGUGUCAUUCAGGCCACAGGGCUGGCAGCCAUUAGCAGCAGUCCCUUCUCACAGUCCCACAGGGAGGUGUCUCCUCUGCCCUCCAGAUCCUCACCCAAACCCAUAUCCUUCUCCAACUCACCCAAGCACUUACCUCCGGCUUCACCAAAGCCCUUCUCUCAUUCGUCCUCCCCAAAGCACAGCUCUGUCUCCUCUUCCCCCAAACCUCUUGCCCUCUGUUCCCCUCUGAAACCCCUGUCUCUGGGUACCUCACCCAAACCUUCAAAUCUUUCCUCACUUAAACCUCACUCCCUCUCCUCUUCACCCAAACCACCCACAUCGUUAGCCAGACAAAAGCCCUCACAUAAGCAGAGGGGUCUGAUGCCCUCUUCUAAGCACACACAGCCUGUUUAUAACCCAAAGGAGAGCAGUGGAAACCCAGAUGAAAUCUCAUUGCACCUCAACAGUUUUAAAUCGAGAAAGCGCGUCCAUCCAGAGGCCUCUUUAAAGCAGCCUUUCUCUCUGCAACUCUCCAGCCAGAACUGCAAUGACAACAACCUGUUCCUGAACCUUCGUCCUAAUGGAGCGUUCCACGGCGAAGUUCAGGAUGCCCCCUUGGCUCUCAUCAAGAAGCCCCGCAGGCAGAGCAGCACCCUCAGCAACAAGCCGCUUGUUGCCGCUAUUAGCCCUUCCUGCCUGAUGCCCAUCAACUUGAGCAUUGGCACCAAGGAUCCAACGGACUCUGCUUCCCCGCUUAAAUCAAAGGCCUCGCCACGACUUUCUCACGGAUCGAGGAAGUCCAAGAGUCCUAAAUCUCUACAUGCAGGAAGGAGUCUCCAGAAAACCAACUCGUCCCGUCCUCCCCGUGUAGAAUUGGUCAGAAGCAGUGAGUCUGACAACCACAGCAGCAGGGACUCCGACUCCGACUCUUCAGGAGAUGACUCCGAUGAAGAUGAUGAAGACGAUCUUGAGGAGGAGGAUUCUGAUAGUAGUCUAUCAGAGUCAGAGAGCAAUCUGGAGAGCGACUCUGACGGUUCUGAGGAUGACAUGAAAGAGCGCUCUGAGUCUGAAGCGGAUAGCGAUGCAGAGAGCACCCCCCCGAAACCAGCGAAAGCGCCGCUGUCAGCUCGCAAGUCCUCCUCGAGCCUCUCAGCCGACUGCUCCCUGCUCAACCUGCAGGUCAUCACGCCACUUAGUUUGUCCAGUGGCCUGCUCACCCCCAACAGACUGAGCAGCUUAGGAGCUCUGAGCAACCACAGCACCCCGUCCUCAUCCUUCACACUUACCCCCCUGCCAGGAUCAGGGAAGAGGAGGAGGGUAACCGAUGAGAGAGUCCUGAAGUCACCUCUUGAGUUUGGGUGGCAGAGAGAGACUCGGAUCAGGAGUGUGGCGGGUCGACUUCAAGGGGAGGUUGCUUACUUUGCACCAUGUGGGAAGAAACUGCGUCAGUAUCCUGAUGUAAUGAAGUACUUAGUGCGGAAUGGAAUAACUGAAAUCUCACGGGACAACUUCAGCUUUAGUACAAAAAUUAAAGUUGGUGACUUCUAUGAAGCCAGAGAAGGACCAGAGGGUCCACAGUGGUUUUUACUGGCUGAAGAGGAGAUCACUCCCAGUAUCAUAGCGAUGGAUGGCCGCCGCAGUCGCAGCUUGAAGUCUGAGCACCAGCCAUCAGGUGAAGGCGCUGGGAGCCAACAAUGGAAAAAUCAUCCUCUAAAUGUCGGAGAAAAUACCUUCCAAGACGUCAACAAUGCCAAGCUGCUCCGCAAACUGGAGGCUCAAGAAAUAGCUCGACAGGCAGCUCAGAUCAAAUUGAUGAGAAAAAUGGAGAAGCAGGCCAUGGCACAAGCAGCCAAGGAGGCAAGGAGGCAACAAGCAAUAAUGGCUGCUGAGGAGAGGCGGAAAAAGAGAGAGCAGAUGAAGAUUCUCAAACAGCAAGAGAAGAUCAAGCGCAUUCAGCAAAUUCGAAUGGAGAAAGAACUCCGUGCACAGCAAAUUCUUGAGGCUAAAAGACAGAAAAAACAAGAAGCAGCCAAUGCCAGAAUAUUGGAGGCUGAGAAACGAAACAAGGAUAAGGAGAUGCAAAGACUGCAAGCUGUUAUACUGAAGCACCAGGAGUUGGAGAGGCAUAGACUAGAUAUGGAGAGAGAAAGACGCAGGCAGCACAUGAUGCUGAUGAAGGCUGUGGAGAUUCGUAAGAAGGCAGAGGAGAAAGAGCGUCUGAAGAAAGAGAAGAAGGACGAGAAACGGUUAAACAGGGAGAGGAAGCACGAGCUCAGACGACUGGAACUGGAAAAAGCAAAGGAGCUAAAGAAGCCAAACGAAGACAUGUGUUUAGCAGAUCUUAAGUGUCUUCCAGAGCUCUCACACAUCCCUGGUCUGGUCUUGCCAGGAAGCACCUUAUCUGACUGCCUGAUGGUGCUGCAGUUUGUGCACAGCUUUGGAAAUGUCCUGGGAUUAGACAUGAAUGUAAACAACGUUGACUUAAGUGUCCUUCAGGAGGGUUUACUAAACACCAGGGGCAGUAUGGGGAAAGUGCUAGACCUGCUGGGGAGCAUGGUUUCUGCAGCCGUGCGUGAUCCUGGUAUACCUGCAGGUCACAGGAGCAAAACCUGCCUAGGGGAACACUUGACUAACGUGGCGAUCAACAGAGACAAUGUGUCUGAGAUCCUGCAGAUCUACAUGGAGGCUCACUGUGAUCAGACAGAGUCAGCUGCUCUGGCCCUCAGUCUCAGGACUAAAGCUUUUCAAGCCCACAGUCCAUCUCAGAAGGCGUCCAUGUUGGCCUUCCUAGUUAAUGAGCUGUGCUGCAGUAAAGCUGUGAUCAGUGAGAUCGACAAGAACAUAGAUCACGUGACCAACCUGAGGAAGGAUAAGUGGGCUUUAGAGGGAAAGCUCCGCAAACUGAGGAGCAUCCACACCAAGAGGACUGGGAAGAGAGACAGCAGUGUGGGCGGAGAUGACAGCCUCACCUUUAUCAUCUCGGCCGCCAGAAGCAAAUGCAAGAGGAAAGAAGGAGACAGUGAGGAAGAGGAGGAAGAGGAUGACGACAGCGAGGACCAAGCAGAUGACGAUGACGAGGAGGAAGACGAUUCUGGGGGAAAGAAAGGGAAGAAAGUAGAGAUAUGUGAGGAGGAGGACGACAGUGCGAACUCCGCCAGUGUGGAGGAGCUGGAAAAACAGAUUGAGAAAACAUACAAGCAACAGACUCAGAUCAGACAGAAGCUGCUCCACUCCUCUCACUCACAGCGCUCCAUGAUGAUUGGACAGGACCGCUACAAGAGGCGUUACUGGGUUCUCCCGGAGUGUGGCGGCAUCUUUGUUGAGGGCAUGGAGAGCAUCGAAGGUUGUGAAGAGUUGAAGGAGAGACAGGAAACACCUCAGGUGAUCAGAAUAAAGGAGGAGCAGCUGGAAGAGACUAAGAUGGCGGUGGUGUCCAGCCCAGCACCGAGCACAGACCGAGACACAGCCACACCAGAGAGCCAGCAGGACAAAGACAAUCGCAAUCUCUUCCUCCAGAAACCUGGCACCUUAUCUAAGCUCAGCAAACUCCUCGAAGUGGCCAAAAAUGCUAGAUUUUCCAACAUCCAUCCUUGCAACAGCCAGAACAGUAGCUCCGCUAAAAUCCCUUCCACUGCAUCUUAUCCCUCCGAUCCCUCCCCUCAGACAGGGAUAUCCCACAGCCCCCCGCCUGCCACCACUCUGCAGGGACUCACAGAUGAAACGGAUACUUCAGGGCCAUAUCCGCUGUGUUCCCCCCAGCUCAAAGGCAGCCCCUGGAUAACCUCCAGCCCCCAGUCUGUCCUUCAGGACGAUCAGCUCACUAAGAUACUGAUGGAGAAGAGCAGCCAGUGGUUUAGCCUCCUGCCCCGCUCUCCUUGUGACGAGCUCUCGGUCACCUCCGGCUCCAGUUCCUCAGCCUCCUCCUCUUCUCCAAACACCACGAGCACUAAAUCCUCCUCGUCCGUCUCCCCUAAUCCCCCAGCGACAGCCGGCUACAACGCUCCUGCUGGGAUCAAUGACAUGCAUUCUCCUGUCCUUCAGCAAGUAAAGUCUGGCAUUCAUCAGAGCGGACUGACACUGUGUGACGUGUCCAGUGCAGCGACAAGUCCCAGCCCGCCCUUCCCUGGCACUUCUCUACCCCCUGUGCUGGAUCUGUCCUCCCAGCAUGCGGAGGGUAGUGGGAGCAGGGUCUUACUCCUGGUGAAUAACAACACUGUCAACAAGCUUGAGACCCCAGAGGCCCUGUGUGACAAGCCCCCUUGUGCCUUGUUCCCUGCUGUGGAGGCGGCCAAGACCCAGGACUACCCAAGACCUCAGCCUAUCCCUGAGGAGAUGCUGCACGGUUGGUGGCGAGUGUCAGGCGUGCAGGAGCUCCACAGUCUGGUGAAGGCGCUCCACAGUCGAGGCAUCAGAGAGAAGGUCCUACAGAAACAGUUCCAAAAACACAUGGAGUAUGUGACCCAGCUCUGUGCCAACAGCGAAGAUGCGUUCGAUGUGGCAAACCUGGAGAAACAGGAAGUGAGUGAGAAAACUGUGGAGAGCUGGUGUGUGGAGGAGCAGGCGAUGGAGGUGGACAUCAGCCAACUGCAGCAGGUGGAGGCUCUGGAGAGGAGAGUUGUCUCUGCCGGUCUGCAGAUCAAGGGCUGGAUGCACCCUGAGCCCGAGUCAGAGAGGGAGGAUCUGGUCUAUCAAGAGGACAAGCUCCUCUCUUCUCCAGCUCCCGAGAACAAGUGGCAAAGAGAAACAAGCCCGGAGAAACUCCACGGCAGUGUCGUGCGGCGGCCUAACAAUCCUCUUGAUAUAGCUGUCAUGAGGCUGGCCGAGCUGGAGGAGAACAUCCAACGAAGCAGUGAGGAGGAGGCGACUCCUGGGAUGAGGCUGUGGCACAAAGCCCUCGGAGAAGUCCGCAGCUCGGCUCAGCUGUCGCUCUGCAUUCAGCAGCUGCAGAAAUCCAUCGCCUGGGAACGCUCCAUCAUGAAAGUGUACUGCCACUGUUGUCAAAAGGGGGAUAAUGAAGACCUGCUCUUACUUUGUGACGGCUGUGAUAACGGCUGCCACACCUACUGCCUCAAACCUAAGAUCACCACAGUUCCUGACGGCGACUGGUUCUGUCCCACUUGUGUAGCAAAGGAAAGCGGUCAUUCCCCCUGGAGGAGGAAGCAACAGAACCGAACAGCUGGGGGAGGGAAGAGAGGCAGCGAUGUAAAACGAAAUAGUAAGCCAUCUGUGGUAGGAGAGCCCAUCAAAGAGGAGGCUGCCAGCAGCAGCAGCAGCGCGCCAAAGAAAGGUACCAAGGAGUCGAAGAGGAGGAGGGCAGACGACAGUCCGCCCAGCUCCCAGGCCAAGCCUGACAGCCCCGGGUCCGGUGCCAAAAAAGCCAAACUGGCCAAAGACGACACAAAUGGGCUGGAAAUGUGCCGAGUUCUGCUGGCUGAGCUGGAGGCUCAUCAGGACGCGUGGCCCUUUCUUACUCCAGUCAAUUACAAAGCUGUACCCGGAUACAAGAAGGUCAUCAAGAAGCCCAUGGACUUCUCCACCAUCAGAGAAAAACUCACCAACAACCAGUACUUAAAUUUAGAGACAUUCAUCAUGGACGUCAACCUUGUUUUUGACAACUGCGAGAAAUACAACGAGGACGAUUCAGAAAUCGGACAAGCCGGACACAACAUGAGAGAAUUCUUUGACAAACGAUGGACUGAGCUGCUGAAGUAAAACAAAAAAUAAAAUAAAGAAAAUAAUGUGUGCUACUUUCUACAUAUCAAACUUCCUCUUUGGUGUCGGAGGCCUUCUCUUCACCUGUGACACUAGAUCAGUGUAGAGCUGUAAUAAAGCUGAUGUGCAAUGUGAAAGGACAAACUAACACUCCAUGGAUCAGUAUCUUCAAGUGCAAUACUGUUUACUUCAUGAAAAUAACUCAACAUUUUGUUUGGGAAUCUAAAGAGGUCAUUGACUCUUUCUUAUCAUCAGCACUGCAGUACAGCUUUUUGUAUAUGUGUAUUUAUUUUUCAUAUUUAUGUUUGAGUCUUUUCUAAGAAACGGAAGGAGAUGGCACACAGCUUUAACUACGUCUGAAGAUUGUUUUAUGGACUACUGAUCAAGCUGAUCAGGAAAAAAAAAGAAGUUUACAGCAUUUAUUUGUAACUAUGGGGUCCAGCGGUGCUACUGUUCUGUUUAAGUGUAAAAAGAUACGGAGGUUUACUGUCACAUGUAUAGUGUUCAUUGCUGUCUUUAUUUACAUUUCUAAAAUGUAUAGUGUACAUACUGAACCGUCUCUGUGGAUCAGGAUAUUGUAGCAUUUCAAACACUCUGUCUGAACAUCCACUCAAACACUGCUUUCCUCAGUAUUGCAGUGCCUGACCUCUGAACAGUGAACGGAGUAGUGCAUUCGUCUCUUUCUUCUUUUUCUAUUUACAGUGUGUGUUUGCUCUGUGUGUGUCCUGCACAACAUACUGUAAGAAACCCCCUUACACAAAAUGCAAAGUUCUCUGUGGUGCAUCGUGUUUGAUCUCCGAGCCGUUCCUUUAACCAGUCUUGUCAGACGUCCUGCGGACAGACGUGACACCUGCGCUGGGCUUUAAUCCAGCAGGGAGUUGGACGGAGUCACGGUCGGCUGGAGGCGUCUCCAGACAGCUGCAGCCGGAAGACUUGGAAGUAACUGGAUUUUACUAUGAAUAUAGUAGUAGCAACUUUUGUAGGUAUAUUCUUUUUAAAUGGUGGAUGUGUGGCACAGAUCAAAUAAAAGUUUUUUUUC